AUGGCUUCUUUCUUUGCUUGCUUUAUGUCGUCGAAAGGAGUGCCUUCUGGUACCUCAAUUGGAAUUCCAGUCGAAAUCUCGAGAUUCAAGGCAGCCCUUCCCGUUAUCCAACCGUUAACAAGCUUGCCUUUUACAUUCUGCCUGAGGAAGUCUUUCUUGCAUUCCAAGUUCUUCCAUCCGACAGGAAAAUAUUUUCCCGACAAAGGGAAAAAUUUUUCCUUCCGACAGGAAGAACUCUUCCAGUUGUCCGUCCGUAAACCAUUCAAAUUUUCGAAAAUUGAGAACUUUUUGGUCGAACUUCAGAAAAUGUUUUUCCUUCCGACAGAAAAAGUUCUUCCUUCCGACAGAAAAAGUUUUUCCUUCCGACAGAAAAAGUUCUUCCUUCCGACAGGACACAAACGGAUGACUGACGUUCCUCUUCCUGAAUGCCUUCCAAAGCCAGAAGAACCGAAAGCUGCAGAACCACAACAGUCUCCUCAGCAACCUCAGUUCCAGCAAGUACCUCCGAAUUACUACCAAUUUCCACCUCAAGGUUACUACCCACCACAAGGCUUCCCGAACUACCCUCCUCAGCCUAUGCCUUACUUCCCCAACCCUUGGUUGUUCCAGCAAGCUCCACCCCAGCAAUUCCAAUUCCAAUCUCAAUCGAAGAGAGACCAAGACUUCGAAGAAGGUCUGAACCGCUUACGCAAAGAGUAUGCUACAGCUCCAAUUGAGAGAAAGUUGUUCCCGGACCAAAAAAUAAUGUUUAGGGUAGAUGGUUAG